AACUUCACAAUCGCCAUUGUUGUACUUGGUUGGCGUGUUUUGAAGUAAAUUUUAGUUCUACGACCCAAAAACAAAAUGCGAGAAGUCUACGUCAUCGUCUGUAAAAAUGCGAUCCAAGUUUUUCUCAUUUUAUCUCUCCUUGUCGUCGCCGAUUCAUCUACCAAUGAUUCUCAGAUCCAAUGCAGCAAAAGUUGCUUGGCGUUAAAUUGUGAUAAUGUUGGGAUUAAAUAUGGCAAAUAUUGUGGGGUUGGAUACAGUGGAUGUCCAGGUGAAAAGCCUUGUGAUGAUGUCGACGCUUGCUGCAGAACUCACGACGAAUGUGUCGAAAAAAAUGGUAUGAUAAAUGUAAAAUGUCAUGAGAAGUUCAAGAGAUGCAUCAAGAAAGUGCAGAAAUCUGGAAAGGCUGGAUUUUCAAAAGAUUGCCCUUAUGAUGUUGUGGUUCCGACCAUGGUGCAAGGAAUGGAUUUGGCUAUAUUGAUGAGUCAACUAGCUACUCCGAAGAUUGAACUAUAGCCCAUUUCUGUAUCAAAUUCAGAGCAGAAUCCUUAAGAUUAUCUACAUUCUACUGUUGUCAAAGAAAAGAGUUAAAAAUUUGUGCUGCAGGAUAUAUAGGACGAGUCUACGAUGCAUUGAGGAAUUACUAUACAUUGAUACACAAUUGUUGGAAGGUUAAUUUUUCUUACAUUCAUCAUUGGUAUGUAAAGGAUUCGUGCAGAUUUUGAUGUCUUAUUUGAUAUGGAUAUUCAUUGUCAAUGAAUCUCGUUUUAAAAAGGUGGGGGUACUAAAUUAUUUUGUAUCUAGUCUUAUAUUUAUCUACUACCCACUAAACCCCACUCGAACUGGAGCGGAUCGAAUGUGGUGCAAAGUCCGUAAAGUUCUACCCGCCUAUCACCCCUAAGCCUAAUUAUGAAGCUUGGAAGAAGUUUAUAUAACCAAUAUCACUUCACCAACGAUUCAGCAUAUUGUUAAUCCAUGCUCGUUCGCACACUUGUACAUAUUUUAUUAUUUUGUUAACUAUUUUUGUAAUUUAAAAAUGGGAAAUUUGCAAAGAAAUACCUUUUAAAACCCCUUUUUU